AUGAAUACUUUAGAAAUUUCUUAUCUAUGGACAGGGGUUGUGUGUUUGCUCAGAAAGUGUGUGUGUGUGUUACAGUGUGAAAUCAGAUUUUUGCCCUGGGUCAGUUGAGAUGGCCUCCAGUGGUGUAACUGCCCUCCUGCCCCCUGUGAAGAGCGUGGUGGUGUAUAAGAACGGAGAUCCUUUCUUCUCAGGGAGGAGGUUUAUCGUGAGCCAGAGGCAGGUGUCUACCAUGGAGUCUUUCCUGAACGACGUGACUCUCAGCAUCGGAGCGCCGCUGGCCGUGCGGACGCUCUACACGCCUCGCCACGGGCACCGGGUCGCCGAUCUGGAGAACCUGCAGCAGGGGGCGAAGUACGUGGCUGCCGGAUUUGAGAAGUUCAAGAAACUUGAUUAUCUGAGUCUGGGGACAAAGAGAACUCCAGCGGCUCGAACCGGAGACUCCAUGCAGGCUAAAGGAAUCAGCAGACCCAACGUGUCAGCAAAAUGGAGGAAGGUUAUAACUCUGCCCUGCGUUAUACAUGUGUUCAGGAACGGGGACGUCCUUAGUCCUGCCAUGCGCUUCAUAAUUCCUCGGAGCCUCCUGAAAAACCUGGAGCAGAUUCUCAGCCUGGUCUCGGAGAAAGCCAUGCUGCGCACCGGAGCAGUUCGCAGGCUGUGCACUCUGGACGGCGUGACGGUGACCUCAGCCGAGGAGCUGGAGAGUGGCCAGUGUUACAUAGCUGUCGGGGCCGAGCGCUUCAAGAAACUUCCGUACGUGGAGCUGCUGCUAAACAAAGCGCCAGGUGGCAGUGCAGACAGACACUACGUUGCAGAUCGAGGGCUGUACAGGAGGUCAGAGAACAGAAAAUUUCCCCAGGACAGCAACAGUGACUCCGCCCUCCUUCAGUCGUCCGAGAGGAACGGCAGGCGCGUUAAGUCUACGGGAGACGAAGUCGAGCCAGAGGGACAGGACGCGUCUCAGCGGCCGCUGAGGAGGAAAGGAGGAGGAAAGGAAAGAGAGGAACGCUCCGAUUUUUACGCCAAACCUGCCCGAGUGCACAAACACAGACCUCCACACAGAGCUGCACCCAGAGGCGCAGCGAGUGUGUUUAAGGGUGUAGGGAGGAGGAGAGAGGAGGUGCAAGGAGCUGAGGAGGUGGCUGAGGAUGAGAGCACGGCUGUGGAGCUUCCUGUAGAUCAGAGGGUUGCUGAAGUCGUUCAAGACGAGGAGCCUGACCAGAGCCAACCUGAAUCAUAUCAUAUGCAUCAGACAGGAGCACCUGAUGAGCGCGUGACCUCGUCCGCACGCUCCAGCCUGUCUCCUAGCAACAGAGAGCACAACGUGAAGGACUACGGCCCGUCUGACGGAGAGACCUUGUUACGGAGACGGAGCUCUUCUCCGAGCGGGGAAGUGGAAGAGCAGGACGAGGACCUACUCAGCGAAGACCUGGAGCACGAAACAGGCCAAGAUGAUAAAGAUGAAGGUCCUCAUCACGCUGAAGAGCCAGAGAUGCAGGACCACACCCGUCCUCCCUCCUCAUCCUCACAGCAGAGAGAGUGACACACGUUUAUAUAUCAGACACAAGCAUAAAUACUGACCCUCACCACAUAGUGUGUAGCUCUAACCUUAAUCAUCUCCACACCAGCCUUCUCCAGACCGUUCCUAAUACGUACGUCACCUCUUAUCGAUCCGAGCUCCAGUGUUCGCUAACGGCUACGACGUGUAGAAUUUACCGUUUUGUGAAAUUUAUUCGCUUGUGAAUGACUUGUGAUAAAAGACGCUGACGAGACGCCGUUAGCCGAUACGAUGUGCGAUGAAGUCUCUCACAAAGGAGACAAAAAAAGUGUCUGACACCUUAAAAUAUUUCCCAAAUAUUACCCCAUACGAUGAGAAUAGUCAUUUGUAAAAUCAUUAUCACCAUUUAAGAGAAAUUUUAAAUAUUUUGUGUAUAAUUGCGUCUCGUCUUAGUUUCAUGAUGAUUCAGUAGGAACGUUCAGGUUACAGACCCAGUCGAUGUGAAGUCUGGAAGAUACACGUGAAAAUUGUUUUGUCCAUUGUGAGCCAUGAAUAGAAUCACUGUGAAAGUCUGUAGCGUGCAACCGAAAUGGGUCCGGUGUGAGUUAAAGCCUUUACAUUCCCCAAGUGCAUCUGCGAGGAAACGAGAGCGAGUCUCGACACGCCGACACUCGGUCCGAUCCGAGGAGUUUGAGGCGCGAACGUGAACUGGUGCUCGAGUGGAACUGACUUUCAUGGGAUUCUCCCAACAAAUUUAGAUGAUUGUGAUGAUAUUUUCUUGGAGCUGUAGAUAAAUGUGAACUUUUUAUCCUUUCUUAUUUCAUCUAUUCUAAAAGCUCAGAGUAUUAACAAUAAACCUUAAAAACUCCA